AAGGAGAGAUAUCUCAUGGGCUUGGCCCAGGUCUUUUCCCCCUUCACUGUCUCGGCGGCUCCCCUGUCUGCGGCCAGAACCCAGCCAACCAUCCCAUAUCUCUCUCUCCGCCGCGAUGAGCUCCGGCGGCUGCCGCCGGUGAGGCCCGCCGCCGGGUUACGAGCGCUCUCCCCUUCUCAGCAGCGUUUGAUCGAUCGGAUGACAUGCAUGUCAGCUCUCCGUCUGUGCAAGGGAGCCGUCCGGUCGCCGCCGGGCUCGUCGGAGUGGUCGGGGUCGAGGAAGCUUGCUUCUGAUGCUGCUUCAUCGUCCUGCGCUCCGAGAGGGGUCGCCGCGUGCCGCUGGAACAAGCAGGGGAGCUCCUCCGCCUUGCUGCGUGCAUCUCCUUCCCUCGGCAGAAGCACCAGGGGGCUGCGAUGGGCCAUCAAGACUAUGGCAGAUGACAAUGCUGACAAUUCAGGCAAUAGCACUCGCCUGUUUACUGCAAUUCAAUCUUUUUGGAACAAGUUAUCUGGCAAGCUGAAGAAACUAAGAAGAGGGUUUCCAGUGAAGAUCCUAUUCUUUCUGAUAGGAUUUUAUUGUGCCACAGCAUUUGCUACUGUCAUUGGUCAAACAGGUGACUGGGACAUAUUGUCUGCGGGCCUUGCUGUCGCUAUCGUUGAGUUUAUUGGUGCUCUCAUGUACAGGGCUUCUUUUGCAUUUUUUGGUAGGAUCAAAAACAUGAUUACCAUAUUCAAUUACUGGAAAGCCGGACUCACACUAGGAUUGUUCUUGGAUUCAUUCAAAUAUGAAGUGGAUGAAUUUCUUGAAUCAUGUAAUCCAUUCAACUUUGAGAUUAAUAUAUUUACUAGGCUUUGGUAAA